AUGGCGAGCCAGACACAGGGAAUCCAACAAUUACUUGCCGCUGAAAAACGCGCUGCUGAAAAGGUCGCCGAGGCAAGAAAGCGAAAAGCAAAACGUCUAAAGCAGGCCAAGGAGGAGGCUCAAGAUGAAGUUGAAAAGUACAGACAAGAACGUGAAAGGCAAUUCAAAGAGUUUGAAGCCAAGCACAUGGGCACAAGGGAAGGCGUCGCGGCUAAGAUUGAUGCAGAGACUAAGGUGAAGAUUGAAGAGAUGAACAAAAUGGUGCAAAUGCAGAAGGAAGCUGUGAUUAAAGACAUCCUCAGCUUGGUAUACGAUAUCAAACCCGAGCUCCAUGUUAACUACCGCAUAUAA